AUGGAGCCGCGUCGUGCAUCGCGAGCAUGCGACCCCUGCAAGCGUCGCAAAGUCAGAUGCAAUGGCCAGUCCCGUUGCCAGCAGUGUACACACGUCGGGUUACCCUGUACUUAUGCUACCGGUCCUGUCCAGCGAUCAAGAAAGAAGACGGUUCGACGAGGCACAGUCAUUGCCGAAUGUCGCCAGGGUAGCCAGGCACGCAAUGAUCAUAAUCCCGGGCGCUUCUUACAGCCUUGGUCGGCGUCUAUCGAGUUCCCCAUACAAUCGUCUCACCCGAACCCCGCAUUUUUCCUGGAAUUCCUCGACGAAUAUACUGAGUAUGUCUAUCCCAUGAGCCCGGUCGUGCCCGCAACCGAGAUCCGCAAUCUCAUUGCGCAAAUGAACGAGAAUCGAGAGGCGGCUUCUUUCGCUUACAUUUUCAUUGCCGUGACCAUCAAUUUGACUCGGAGUGAGCCCGUGCAACAAGCGCCUGCUACGCGUGAGCGAAUCGCGACUUUCGUGACGCGCUCAUUGGAAUAUAGAGUCCCUGUUGGACUCUCCACACAGCCCAAUGUAAUCGGUGUCAUGGAGAACCUGUUCACGCAAAUGUGCUUUGUUGGACUCCGUCGCCUCGACCUGGGCUUUUCGUACCUACGACAGGCCAUAUCGUAUGUUUACAUGACAUUGCCGACACACUCGGACGAGGGACUAGCUGCUCUUGACGUGGCAGAACGUUCGCGUCGGCAAAGGGCCUACUACGAGUGCUUCAUACAUGAGAGAUUCACAGCUCUUACAUUCCAUCGCCCUACCUGCCUAGCCUGUCUGCAAAACUUUCCAGAUCAUGACCCAUCGCUCCCUGAACAUGUCGAAGAAGGAUUCAAUCUUCUGAUUCAAAGUUUUUGUUUCGUCGAUCGACAAUUCCUUGACUUUGCUUUAGGCGACAGGUCCGGGGUCACAGUCGAAUGGAUACAAAUGAAACAGCAAGAGCUUGAUGACUAUGACUGGCACCAGAAAGUCUCCGAACUGCCAGAGCUGAUGCAAGCGGACCUGGUAAUUACCAGACAUUGGCUGCGCACUUUGACUUGGCAAAUUGCUUUAUCCAACACACUUCUAUCAUCAUCGAGCACCUCGUUGCUUCUAUCUCUUUCUUUUCCAUUACGCCUGUCCAGCCAACUACGCCAGUUCCUCUCUGCAGUUCCCCGGGACAUGGUGGGAAUUCACGGAUCCGGCAUACUGGAGAAACUUUUCGAAAUUGCGAAUACGAUCACUGACGUCGUUCUGCAUCUUAAGCAUGCCCCCGGAGACGAGACGGUCGAGCGUGUUUACGACAUCAUGUUUUUGAGGGACUUUAUCUAUUCGUUCCCUGGGUUUGAGACGUUGCGGCCAGCGGCUCUUACCGAAAAAUUCGAACAGAUCCGAAGCAAAUACCCUGGCAUUAAAGAGAUCGAACUUCUACAAUAG